UGCACCUUGCCAUCUCUUAUUCUUUACUAGCAAAUCAAAGCAACAUGAGCGCAGUUUUAUUCCUCACCUUUGUUUGUUGCAUUGGAGCACAAAACAUUCGGCAGCCAAAACGUUUGCAAACCUCUAAACUGGGUGAUAACAUCACUAUUGAGUGCUACUUACCCAAGAAAGAUUUUAACAAUAUAGUGUGGUACAAGCAGGAGAUGGGAAUGAACCUUCACAUCAUUUCAAAAAGUUACAUUUACCUGACUAAGGUUGAUUUUACUGAUGGAUAUAAUGAUGGUCGUUUUAAUGUAACAAUAAGCACAGGCAUUUAUCAUUUACACAUUUCCUUGACAAAAAAGGAAGACAUAGCAACAUACUUUUGUGGAGUGAUAACCCUAGGAGAACUGGAUUUUGGACCUGGAACAUUUUUGAUGCUUAACGAAGAGCACACCUCAACAACAGUUCUUCAGGAGCCUAUUUCAGAUACAGUUCACACUGGAGACAACAUUACUCUCGCGUGUAGAGUGCAAACAGUAGAUCAGAAAUGUAAAGGACACCAUGCUUACUGGUUCAGAGAGGAUGCAGAAGAAUCCGGUCCCGGCAUCAUUUACACUGAUGGAGAUAUGAAGAAACAUGAAGAGAGCUGUAAAGUUGAUUCUACUACACAAACCUGCAUUUACAGCCUCACAAAGAGGAACCUCAGCCUUUCUGAUGCUGGUACUUACUACUGUGCUGUACUCGCAUGCGGCAAGAUACUGUUUGGAAAUGGAACUUCUCUGGAAAUCAGCUCAAUAUCUGAUAGCAAGUUGACAACAAGUCCUUUGUUUCUCAUACUGGUUUCAUCAAACAUAAUUUCUAUGCUAAUAAUGAUCUUACUCAUGGCUGUGCAAUGUAAAGACCAAGGCAACUCAUCAGUCAACAGAUCUUGUAAUCAAGAGACAUCUGAAGGUACUCAGGUUGGAGAUGCAGAUGUCUUGACUUACACAUCUGCGAGUUUCAGCAGUAAAUCACGGCCCUCUAAAAGUGUUAAACAACACAACAUUUCCCAGCAUACUGAUGUCUAUUCACAGAUCCGGUCCUAACAGAGGAACCACUGGAAAACCUAAACUUGUUUUCUGUACUUUAGCCAAUGAAUAAAGCAUGAUGAACUAAACAGUACAAGAUACAAUCAAAUGUACGAUAAAAUAUUAUGCUAUACAAUAUCUAUUAUAAUAUAGCUGUUGUCUGAAUAUGGCAAUCAUUGAGUCUGCAUUUACGGUGGAACAAAUAAUAAAAAUUCUUGCUAUUAAAAUAUUUUGCCUUUGACAUUUCCUCCCUUGGCUGAUCUCUGUUUUGGAAGAAGAAGAAAAAAUCCUUUAUCUUUUGCAAACUAAUA